CUGGCUGUUCCUCCUCACCAGUCCUCAAGCUUGUCACAGCCACCCUGCCAGCCAUGCAGCGCAUUUGCUCGAAGCAGCGCCUCGACGAGCUUCGGACCUCAUCUCGCGACUCCCUGCCCUACCCGGUCGACGAGCCGCCUCUCGUCCAGAAGUGCCGGGCUCCGGGGUACAGCGGCGGCGAGCUCAACCUGCAGCCCUCGCUCUGGUUCAUGGCUGCCAUCUGCUGCUUCUCCGCCUCCGCGACCGCCUUUCUCGAGGCGUACGUGCUCAGCGCCAGCGGCCACCUCGCAGUCUUCCUGGUCGGCGGCUACGUGGUCUUCAGCAGCUACUUCGUCUGUGACUAUGUCAUGAUGCGCGUCUCGACUUCGUACGCCGCCAUCCCGGACGCCAAGAAGUUUUACGUCCUCUCGAACCUGGUCAAGGCUGCGGUGCUGCUCUCCUACACUCCGGUCGCCGCCCGCACGCUCUACCUCGGUAUGGUCAACGACGAGUGGAGGACGACGUCGAUCCGGAACCUGGGCGUGCUGUACGCGAUCCCAGACACCGUCUCGCUGCUGCUCGUCGAGCGCAUGGCCCUCACCACCCGCAUCCAUCACCUCUGCGUCAUCGUCUUCAUGGUGAUCAACCUCUUCAACGACUACUCAGAACGGAACGUGUGGCGCGCGCUGGUCGUGUACGCAGUCUUCUCCACCUUCGCGUACCUCGUCAACCUCCUCCUCGCGUCGCGCUUCCUCGCGGUGCACCCGAGCCUCUCCUACUGGCUCUCGGCCGGCGCGCUCGUCAUCUACACGUCGUGCCUCGCCGCCAACUGGGCGUGGCAAGUCCACUACCUGACGGGGCUGUGGGUCGACACGCGCGCGUACUCGAUCCUUGCCUACGUCGGCGUCAUCCUCCUCGUCGUCUGGGAUGACGUUGUCCUCGUCAAGUGGCUCGUCGGCAACCUGAGAGGCGGCGGGACUAAGAGCGCGUCCGCGCAGCAGCAGCAGCAGCAGCAGCAGAAGCGCGCCUCCGGCGCCGCUCCGGCGGGCAAGGAGAAGCCGGCGUGAGGCGCCGCGGACGGGACUUCGAUGUGUACCGCUGUGCUCUUGCCUUGAACUGCCUGGGCCGUGGUGUUUUUUGUGCGAUGUGUUCGCUUGGCCAACCCCCAAACGCCUGUGCGUCCCUUCAGAAGCUGUGUUGCCAAGUGUACGUGUAUACGUGUGCAUGUGGUCAUCGUGCAUGUGUGCGCGGGUGCGAUUUCGCUCGGUGUAUUUCAAAGGUCAUUAAGGUCUCG